CUUCAUCCACUAUAAGAACAUCUUAAACCCUAGGUAACUCGCGACUCCUAGUCUCUCUCUCUCUCAUUCGCUGUCUCUCCGCUGUUCCUAAAUCCUCCCAGGUGUUGAAUUGAGCUUGCGACAAUGCUCCUACUGUUUGAGACGCCAGCUGGUUUCGCCGUAUUUAAAGUAUUAGAUGAAGGAAAGCUAUCUAACGUUGAGGAUUUGGGUAAUGUGUUCUCGUCUGCAGAGUCUGCCCGAAAGAUGGUAAAGCUCAAGGCUUUUGACAAGUUUGACAACACCUCCGAAGCUCUUGAGGCCGUUGCCAAGCUCCUUGAAGGAACUCCCAGCAAGGGUCUCCGCAAGUUUCUGAAAGCCAACUGCGAAGGCGAAACCUUAGCCGUUGCUGACUCAAAGCUCGGAAACAUCAUCAAGGAGAAACUGAAAAUAGACUGUGUCCACAACAAUGCUGUCAUGGAGUUGUUAAGAGGAGUGAGAAGCCAGCUCACCGAACUCAUCUCCGGACUGGGAGACCAAGACUUGGCUCCGAUGAGCCUGGGGCUGUCUCACAGCCUCGCGAGAUACAAGCUAAAGUUCAGCUCCGACAAGGUUGAUACCAUGAUCAUCCAAGCGAUUGGUCUGCUUGACGACCUUGACAAGGAGCUCAACACUUACGCUAUGAGGGUUCGUGAAUGGUACGGCUGGCAUUUCCCAGAGCUCGCCAAGAUCAUCAGCGACAACAUCCUCUACGCCAAGUCUGUGAAGCUAAUGGGGAACAGAAUCAAUGCAGCGAAGCUAGACUUCUCUGAGAUACUGGCUGAUGAGGUUGAAGCUGAGCUUAAAGAGGCUGCUGUGAUUUCCAUGGGAACUGAAGUCAGCGACCUUGAUUUGAUGCACAUCAGGGAGCUUUGUGAUCAGGUUCUGUCUCUUGCUGAGUACAGAGCUCAGCUUUAUGACUACCUGAAGAGCAGGAUGAACACUAUCGCUCCGAACCUGACUAGUCUUGUCGGUGAGCUUGUUGGUGCUCGUUUAAUCUCUCACGGUGGGAGUUUGUUGAACCUCUCGAAGCAGCCUGGGAGCACUAUUCAGAUUCUUGGAGCUGAGAAGGCUUUGUUCAGAGCGCUAAAGACCAAACACGCCACUCCUAAGUAUGGUCUGAUCUACCAUGCGUCUGUGGUUGGUCAGGCUGCGCCUAAGCACAAGGGUAAAAUCUCGCGGUCGCUGGCUGCGAAAGCUGCGCUUGCUAUCCGUUGCGAUGCUCUUGGCGAUGGUGAGGACAACAGUAUGGGAGUUGAGAACCGUUUGAAGCUUGAAGCGAGGUUGAGAAGUCUUGAAGGGAAAGAUCUAGGACGUCUCUCUGGCUCAGCUAAAGGCAAGCCAAAGGUUGAGGUUUAUGAUAAGGAUAAGAAGAGUGGAUCUGGUGGUCUGAUCACUCCUGCUAAGACUUACAACACUGCUGCGGAUUCUCUUAUUGGACAAACUUCCAAAGCUGAGGAGAGUGUGAAAGAGAAGAAGGAUAAAAAGAAGAAGAAGAAGAAGGCUGAUGCAGAGGAGGAAGAAGAAGCCAAGACUGAGGAGCCAUCAAAGAAGAAGUCUAAGAAGAAGAAGGCUGAAGUAGAGCCUGAGACCGAAGAGCCCAAAACCGAGGAGCCUUCAAAGAAGAAGAAGAAGAGGAAGCACGAGGAAGAAGAAACCGAAAUGCCUGCUAAGAAGAAAGAGAAGAAGGAUAAGAAGAAAAAGAAGAGUGAGGCUUGAAGAGAGUUUAAUUUUUUUUUUUGAGUGCGUUUAUUGUCUUUUUGUUUCUGCCUUAGGUGUUAUUUGAAACUUUUAAGAACUGAUCAUCUAUUUGUGUAAGGCUUAGUCAUUUUCCCCAGAAACUUGCAUUUCUAUUGAAUUUUAUUAAAGUA